AUGAGUGCUCGGCUACACUACAAGAAGAGAGUGACUAAUUGCGACUACUGCGCUUAUCCUCACACGACAGUCAAUGAGGUGCGCUCAGUGUCCGUACCGAGCUUUUGCAAAACGGACUUAAUCAUAGAAGGAUAUGGAACGAUACCGGUGUUGAACGGUGACCCCAAAUGGCUGCCGACGAAGGUUAAGACGUUUGUUGGAACACAAGCUAAACUAAUGCGACCGGCGGCAAUUCACAUUUGCAAUGGGUCAUUCGGGGAAGCGGAGUAUCUAGCAACCGCCUUGGAGAAGAAAGGCGAUCUAGAAAAACUAACUGCAUACGACAACGUAUUCGUCGCUCGGACUGAUCCAUCAGACGCAGAAGAAAGACCGACGUUCAUAUGCUCUAAAAAAAGGAGUGAUGUGGAAUUCAGAAGACAUUCAACAUCAUCAUGGACCUUUCCACAUUGGAUUUCACCAACAAGAUUUGCUUAUGAGAUUGAAUCGCGAUUUCCCGGAUGCAUGCAGGGAAGGAUAAUGUAUGUCAUACCAUUUUCCAUGGGGCCUAUUGGUGGACGAUACUCAAUCAAUGCUGUUCAGUUAACGGAUAGUGCCUAUGUUGUUCUUAACAUGAGAAUAAUUACAAGAGUAUCUUCUUCCAUAUGGGACGCCAUCGGGAAUGCAGAUUUUGUGCGUUGUGUUCAUUCUGUUGGGCGACCACGACCAGUUACAGUUCGACUCAGCUCUAAUUGGAUAUGCAACACAGACCAGUACUUUCUUGCCCAUCGACUUGUGGAGAAUGAUGUUUGGUCAUACGGUUCUGCCUUUGGACAAAAUUCUUUUCUUGGUAAGAAGUGCGUGGCACUUCGAUUAGCGAUGUAUCGCGGCUGGAAAGAGGGAUGGCUGGUGCUGAAUGCAGCUAUUGUUGCCGUGAAAGGACCUUCCGGUAAAGAAAUAUUCGGUUGUGUGUCGCUUCCAAUAGGUGCAGGGAAGACACAGUUCGCUACAAUGACUCCUGCUAUUCCAGGAUGGCAAGUUCGCAUGCUUGGAGACGACGUUUCGUGGAUCCGUCGUGUUCCUGAGGGCAAGCUACGUGCGCUAACACCUGAGAAUGGGAUUUUCGGUUGCGCUAUAAACAUAUCUUCGAAAAAUGGAGAGAACGUGCUGAAAAUGCUUUCGAGAAAUGCAAUGCUGGUAAAUUGUGCUUCAACAAGCAAGGGACGCUUUUACUGGGAAGGUCUUGAAAGUCUUCUUGAUAAGGAGGAACGCAUCACUGACUGGAGACGAGAGAACUGGAAUGCCGAUCAAAAGAGGAUGCCAACGCAUAUGAACUGCCAUUUCACUGCGUUCACAAGCGCUGCCCCAAAUGUUCAUCCUGAUUGGGAGAGAACCGCAGGAGUACCCAUCAGCUUCAUAAUUUUUGGGUGCAUGCGCACUGACGAAAUGCCACUGGUUUAUGAAACUGAGUCAUGGGAGCAUGGUGUAAUAAUGGCGGCCGGAAUUCGUACAGCGUCUCGUAGCCCUCUUGAUGUGCCGAGUUCCGCACUUGUGCAAGACCCAUUUUGCAUGAGAACGUCAAUGUCAGUCAGCUUCCCUAGCCUCAUACAACACUGGUUUGACAUAAAACAAAAAGCGCGAGAGGUGCCAAAAAUUUUUAUGGUCAAUUGGUAUCAAGAAGGCAAAGAUGGAAGGACUAUUUGGCCAGGUUUCGGAGACAAUAUUCGUGUUUUAGAGUGGAUUUUUAAUAGAUGUUCUGCACCGAAUGAGACCGCAGCCGUAUCUUCACCAAUAGGACUACUUCCAGAAAAGUUAAAUAUCGAGGGACUUAAAGUUGAUCUCCACGCCCUACUCAAAGUACAAAAACAAUUUUGGACAAAAGAAAUCACACAAAUUUACUCGUUCCUCUCUGCAGAAAUGGGGAAUCAAAAAUCACCUGUCAUUAGAACAAUACUCGCAGACAUAGCUAAACGUGUCGCUGAGAUGAAGUGA